GAGCCAUCGCGUAUCUCGAGUCAACGUGCGAGCCGAGUAGGUACGAAAACAACAACUGUUCCGUGCUGCAAUCCAGUGAUUUUUACCUCCAGGUUUCGUUUUUUAAGUGGAAGGAAACUUUAGAUAUCUGCAAAAAUGGCUGAUCGAACAUCAGAGCCUUUUUCUGAUCCCACUAGUCCAGCUGCUGCAGACCGCUCUGGCCUGUUAUCGUCUAGUCCUGGUCGAAGCGACCUGCCUCCAUUUGAAGACGAGUCUGAGCUCCAGCCCGGAGGAGUGCCAGAUGUGGAAGAGGAAGAAGAUGGAGAAGAACUUUUUGGAAAUAAUUUUGAAAGAGAUUAUCGUGUCAUCCCAGAACUGGAUCGCUUUGACCCAGACAAUGAUGAAGAAGACUAUGACAACAUGGCGCCAGAUGAGAGGGCUGCGGCAGAGAGAGCCAUGCGCAAGAGGGAUCGUGAUGAGGCUCUGGCACAAGGGCGUAUGAGGCCUGGCCUCCUCUAUGAGGAGAGUGAUGAAGAAGAUGAGAGACCAACCAGAAGGAGGAGAAUGGCAGAGAGGGCAGCAGAAGGAAUUGAGGAUGACGAAGAGAUGAUUGAGAGCAUAGAGAACCUCGAAGACAUGAAGGGUCACUCCGUCAGGGAAUGGGUGUUGGCUGCUCCUCGUCUGGAGAUCUACAAUCGUUUCAAGAACUUCCUCUGUACCUUCGUUGAUGACAAGGGCCAUAACGUCUACCGUGAGAAGAUCAGACAGAUGUGUGAAGGCAACAAAGAGAGUCUGGUUGUUGAUUACAACAUCCUGGCCUCUCAGGAGCAGGUCCUGGCCUACUUUCUGCCCGAGGCACCGACUGAAAUGCUCAAGAUCUUUGACGAAGCUGCCAAGGAAGUCGUCCUGGCCAUGUUCCCCAAGUACGAGCAAAUCGCCAAGGAGAUCCAUGUCCGCAUUGCAGAGCUUCCACUGGUUGAAGAGCUCAGAUCUCUCAGGCAGCUUCAUCUGAACCAACUGAUCCGAACGAGUGGAGUUGUGACGAGCUCAACAGGCAUCAUGCCCCAGCUCAGUAUGAUCAAAUAUGACUGUCCCAAAUGUGGUUUUGUUCUUGGACCUUUCUACCAGAGCCAGAACCAGGAGGUCCGACAGGGAUCUUGUCCAGAGUGUCAGUCAACAGGACCUUUUGAAAUCAACAUGGAACAGACCCUAUACCAGAACUACCAGCGUAUCACCAUCCAGGAGAGUCCGGGCAAGGUUGCAGCUGGAAGACUCCCCAGAUCCAAAGAUGCCAUCUUGUUAGCUGAUCUGGUAGAUAGCUGCAAGCCAGGAGAUGAAAUUGAGCUAACUGGAGUGUACAACAACAACUAUGACGGCUCUCUGAACACAUCAAAUGGGUUUCCUGUUUUUGCUACCCUCAUCCAAGCAAACUACAUCACAAAGAAAGAUGACAAGAUGGCGGCCGGUGCUCUUACAGAUGACGACGUGAAGGCUUUAGUGGCACUCUCCAGGGAUGAACGUAUCGGAGAGAGGAUCUUUGCCAGUAUUGCACCCUCAAUCUACGGCCAUGAUGACAUCAAGAGAGCGAUAGCAUGCCUGUUCGGUGGGGAACCAAAGAAUCCAGGUCAAAAGCACAAAGUUCGAGGUGACAUCAACAUCCUGGCCUGUGGUGAUCCAGGUACAGCCAAAUCCCAGUUUCUCAAGUACGUAGAGAAGACGGCACCGAGGGCAGUGUUCACCACGGGUCAAGGUGCUUCAGCCGUUGGUCUGACGGCCUAUGUCCAGCGUAAUCCCGUCUCAAGAGAGUGGACGCUGGAGGCUGGAGCUCUUGUUCUGGCUGAUAAGGGAGUGUGUAUCAUCGAUGAGUUUGAUAAGAUGAAUGAUUCGGAUCGUACCAGUAUUCACGAAGCUAUGGAGCAGCAGAGUAUCUCCAUCUCCAAGGCAGGCAUCGUCACCUCACUCCAGGCUCGAUGCAGCAUCAUGGCGGCUGCUAACCCCAUCGGUGGAAGAUACAACCCCUCGCUCACCUUCUCAGAAAAUGUUGACCUGACAGAACCCAUCUUAUCUCGUUUUGACAUCCUGUGUGUUGUUCGAGACACCGUCGACCCCGUUCAAGAUGAACUGCUAGCUAGAUUCGUUACCGACAGUCACAUCAGGCAUCAUCCUUCAAAUGCUGACACCAAUCUAGACAAGCUACCUGUAAGAUUACCUACUACCAGUGGUCUGGAGAAGAUUCCCCAGGAGUUGCUGAAAAAGUACUUGAUCUACGCCAAGGACAAGGUUCAUCCUAAGCUUCAUCACAUGGACCAGGACAAGGUCGCCAAGAUGUACUCUGACCUCCGCAGGGAAUCCAUGGCAACUGGCAGCAUCCCCAUCACAGUUCGUCACAUCGAGUCGGUGAUUCGUAUGGCAGAGGCCAACGCCAAGAUGCACCUGAGAGAGUACGUCAAUGAAGACGAUGUGAACAUGGCCAUCCGGGUCAUGCUGGAGAGCUUCAUAGAUACACAGAAAUACAGUAUCAUGAGAAGCAUGCGCAAGAACUUCUCCCGCUACCUGACGUUCCGACGAGACAACAACGAGCUCUUGCUGUUUGUGCUCAAACAGCUGGUGCAAGAACAGAUGUCAUUCCACAAAACACGUUAUGGCACAGACCAAGACAUAGUAGAGAUCUCGGAAAAGGAUCUUGCUGACAAGGCUCGUCAAAUUAACAUCCUCAACCUGUCUGCCUUCUACGAGAGCGAGAUCUUCAAGCUUCACAAAUUCACGCACGACACCAGGAGGAAAGUCGUAGUCCAGUCUUUCUGAGCAAUGACAGGCUUCCAGUCUGAAUUCCGUCAUCAUCAUAUGACAAUGAAAUCGGAAUAUGAAGAACUUUGAAAAACUGAAAUCCAAAGGAACGAGACGACUUGAAUAUUUCUAGAGCUGUAGCAAGGUGAUUGUUUGUGGUGCCUUAGACACAGGUUGGGUAAAACUUGGGAGCUACUUUCUUGCUCUUUUUGUGAAAGAUGACCCUGUCUUCCCAGAAUUCCUUGUAUGUCAUGGAGUAUUUGAAAUAAGUAUUUGCUACCCAUAACCAUCUGAUUCAAAGAACUUGAAACCAGUCCUCUAAAACACCAUAUUUCACUGGAGUUUAAAGGUCCGUUCAGAAUUUUAUUCAAUCUGUGAAUGCAUAAGAGACACAAAAGGAUAAUAAAUACAUGUACAAUCUUUGCACAUAUAAAUGAAGACUGAUGUAUCCAAUCCAAACAUCAACUAAGCUAAUGAAAGCUAAAUGCCUACAUCAAAUUAACUGUAUCAACUUCAAGCUCGACAUAUACUAUCAUUGAAUCAACAGAUAAACAAAUCUAGAAAUUUCUGACAGUGCAGUUUCUAUGCUCUGUUCUGAAACUAAAAUCAAAUCAAAUCACUACUUUAACUCCUUGAAAUGUGUAGUGUAACCUCAUUAUAACAAACUCACUAAGACUAAGGAAACUUCCCCGCUGAAUACGAAGACUAAUCUAAACAUCACCGAAACAACGUCUCGUUAAUCAAAUGUAAGAUUAAACCCCUAGUCCUUUGUUUACAUCAUAACUCACAAACUUCCAUUUAUAGAGCAAACAUUCCAGUUUAUAAGCUUACUCUGUUUUGUUCAUUCAUGUAUUUACUAACUCAACUUUCUCACUUAAACUAUCACUCUAAAUGGCCAACAAUAAGCCCCAGGUUAAAUAACGUAUUAAACCACCUGAAUACAUUGUAUUAAACAUAUCUACAUAGAUGAAGCGAUAUUUAACAUCGCAUCUGUAUGUUAUGCAUUGUCAUUUCUAAAAGCAAUAAGACUUCCAAUGUAACUCAUACAACGUAGACUACAAAGUCCUCAAGCAGGUUCAUCCAGAUACCGGCAUCUCCAGUCGGGUUUUUAGUUUCCUAACUAAAACAACAUAGUAAGACUUUCGUCUCCUAAACAUCCUUUCCUAACGAAAGAAACAUGGCGUCUGUGAACACGUCGCUCUGAACUAGAAUUAGCAUAAAUUCCAUACACGCUAUGGUAGACGUAAAUUAAGCUACGGUGUCUUUUGAAUUAAAAGGAAAAUAAUUCAGCUAACUCUUGGUUUGUCAACAAACCAUGUUGCAUACCAGCUUUGCUUUGGAGAGUCAACUUAAAACCAUGAAUAGUUCAUGACAUUGUUUUCUCUUUUACCGUAACCAUGUUCUUGAAUUUCCAAUUAUGACUGUAACAUUUUGCUUUUGUAUCACAACAUAAACAUAAAGUUUAAUCCAAUCAGUGACUGUCUUUACUAGGGACCAACUGUUGAUUAUUGCCGGCAAAUGGUUAUUCUGCACUCUCAAUUUGACACGUAAACAAAAUUCUAUAAAGUCUUGAGCCGAGCUUAAGUAUCUAGCUCAGGUGUGCAUUAUGACAGGGAAGGUGGAGGGGGGGGGGGGGGGGGUGGUAGCAGUCCAAAUUUCUUUAUUCAGGAGACCCAUAUUUAAUCAACAUUCUCCGUUAUGUAACAACUAACCUCCUUCCAAAGUUGUCAUUGGAAUUAUAAUUUAUGAAAAAGAGGUCCAAAAUUAUUUACUUAAAUAGAAUAGACUGAGCUUGAUGGUGGGAAUAUAUACUUUUAAUGGUUUGGGGAACCUGGAGCAAUAUGUGUUUGCUUCAUUGUAAGUAUGUACAAACAUUGUAAUUUUCUCAUGUAAGUCCAUAUGUUGGUAUCAACAAACAUAUUUAUCUGUAUUAAAGUUUGUCAGGAGUAUAGUGUUUGUGUUGUACAUUUGUUAGCUGAAAGCAGUAGAUUGUGUGAUUCUGCUUUGCAUUAUUGUGAUUUACAUUUGCAAAUAAAAUUUGUAUAAAUAUGUAUACCCCCCGUA